AUGUGUAUUGAUUACCGGCAGUUGAACAAGGUGACGAUAAAGAACAAGUAUCCACUGCCGAGGAUUGAUGAUUUGUUUGACCAGCUUCAGGGAGCAAAGGUGUUUUCAAAGAUAGACUUGAGAUCUGGCUACCAUCAGCUGAAGAUUAGGGCGUCUGAUGUCCCUAAGACAGCAUUCCGCACUCGGUAUGGGCACUAUGAGUUUUUAGUCAUGUCGUUUGGGUUAACCAAUGCCCCAGCAGCAUUUAUGGAGUUGAUGAACCGAGUGUUCAGGCCAUAUCUAGACUUAUUCGUGAUAGUCUUUAUUGAUGACAUCCUGGUGUACUCUCGCAGCCAGGAAGAGCACGAGCAGCACCUCAGAGUGGUUCUUCAGACUCUGAAAGAUAGUCAAUUAUAUGCUAAGUUUUCGAAGUGCGAGUUC